CCCUCAUCUAGGGCAGGGAUAAUUGCCCUCGCUGCUAUGCCACGAACGCUGACGGGAAGCUUGCAGUGAGAGACACAAAGAGAGGGACGAGAGAGAGAGGGAGAGAGAGCCGUACGUUCCUUAUCUGUAUCUAUAUCCUGCCUAACAGUUGUACACACAGAGCGGUUGCUGACAUAGUCAUUUGUUCGUUGCCGUUAGCAAUUUUCGAACUGUCACGUUGAGAGAGGGAUCCUCGCCCGACAUAACCCGUCGUACAUUUCUGGACGUUACAAUCAGGCUGUUGUACAUUGCAGUUUCACUACUUUGAUCCGACGGAUGAUGCAGUUACCGAUGAUGCACUUCGGGUGUCUUGUAGCGGCACUGCUUCUAACAUUUUCAUCUGUCGAGAGCGGCCGUGGUCAGGACGUGAAGGAUCUCCCCCGUGUUGCUGACGACGUGAACGAUGUCUCCCGUGACGAGGACGCAGACUCCCUCGCAAGGGUACAGUUCGAUAAAGACCUGCUUGACGAGUACUGCGAGGACUACAGGGCGGCUGUAGCAGGGGGGCAACCUGGCUGCGGGAAGGAUCAGCGCCCUCACUGUCUGGCUAAUGGAUCAGUGGUGCUCGGCAGCUGCCGGCUCAAGCGAGCAGUGUGUUUGGAGAAUGUACUUGAAGACUUUGACUGGUUCUCCUGUGCCAUUCAGUAACGCAAUCCGAUGUGUGCUUGUCUCCCUGAUGUAAUCAUUGCGUCAUCUAGCAAGACAGCGCGCGGUGUAAUCGCCUCCUUCACGCGGUGUAAUCGCCUCCAUGGAGGAAUCCCUGUGCCGCGGAUCUGCAAGCCGGGCCGGAGAAAGGCAUCGACCAGGAAUCAGUUCAACGUCAGAACUUGACAUAACACUGACUGUCAGUCCUGCAAGACAAUUGGCUAGGCGUGAUAUACAUUAUUUAGGGUGUGAAUGUGACCUCCUUUUAUGACCUCUGUAACCCGACGCUAUGAACGAAAGCAUGUGGCAAAUAUGAUGCCGCAAACAAUCACCUUAGUCAGUAGUACAACAUUAUGUGGCGAAUGACCGUGUAUGUUCAUUAUUUGGAUUUGCGUCAUCAGGACAGACAUAGCAUGAACGAUAGUAUUAUGAAUGUUUCACAUGUUCUAAUCUAGAUUAGAUUUUACUUCAUAUGAUGUGUUCAGUAGCAUAUAUUGGUCUGUUUGCAUACAUACGUUGAUGCAUUAUGACGGACUCUCGCACGGAGAGUAGUCUACUUUCAUUCUCCCAUGCAACUGGAUAGAGUGGAUACAGCUGGCUCCAGAAUAUCUGUGUAACCUUAUUCCACGUCGAUAUGAUUACUCAUUACAAACUAAAUAAAUGGUAGGCAGUCAUAAUAAACAUUUUCAAGACUU